AUUUACUACAUUAGCAUGUGAGUUGAGUUUGGACACGCAUAACAAGACCGAAUAUGAAGGACUACUUUAUCGAAAAAAUGCAUGACUUUGCCUCUUGCAGCAUGCUACUUACAGGAUUUGCGGUAACGGCUUUCGUCUCCAUCAUUAUACGGGUCCUAUAUUUACUAUACUUACAUCCUUAUGCGAAGUAUCCCGGCCCAAAGAUUGCAGCAAUAAGCGACGCUUGGUGGGGUUACCAGUGGUUGUCGGGUCGAUAUCCAUGGGCGAUCGAGGCGUCCUUUAAGAAAUAUGGCGACGUUUUUCGUAUUGCACCUAACGAGAUUGCUAUAUUUCCCUUUGAAGCACACCAAGACAUGCUUCUCAGCGGCCGUAAUGGAUCGGCAACAUUUAUCAAGACAGAUAUACAUCCUACAUUCACACCAGGGGAGCUGGGCGUCUUUGCUGAAAGAGACAUCGAAAAGCAUCGAAGCAGCAAACAGGUAUUAUCUCGUGCAUUCAGUCUUGCUGCUCAUAAAAACCAAGAUACGGCGCUUCAUAGUAUUGUGGACGGCUUCAUUCACCAAAUUGAGGCGAAGAAACUCCCUGAAGACGACGUCAAUGUCACUGAGUGGUUCGGAUGGCUUGCUGCUGACCUCAUUGGUGAGAUGAGCAUUGGACAUAGCUUUGAGAAUGUAUCCUCAGGUCGUGCAAAUGUUUUCAUCAGGAACUUCUUUGUAACAGCUCCACUCACAAACCUUUUAACGGUCCUGACACGUUUCCCAUGUAUGGGUCCGCUCGUACGCUGGAAUAUUCCUCGAAAAACUCUAAAACCUCUUGUUGACGUUCUAGACGAACUCAAGACUGGUCUCAAGGAGCGGGUAAGUCAGGGGAGUAGUGUGAAGCACAAUGACUACUUCACGCCACUUCUUCAACAAAACAAAUCAGUUUACAGCGAGGAUUUCCUGUUCUCCCAGCUCACUGCAAUUGUGAUUCCUUUAGAAGCAGUCGCCAGUCUCAUGCAGUCCAUCGUAACCUGUCUUGGUCUACACCAGGAUAUAUUGAAGAAGGUCCAAGCCGAGAUUAGGACAAACUUCGCUACUUGGGAAGACCUUGAGGAAGCUGAUGUACUUCAAGGUCUUCCAUGGCUGAGUGCUGUGGUCAAUGAAUCUCUGCGAUUUCAUACUAUCGCAACAUUUCCGCAGCCUCGUGUAAGCCCUGGUGGCGUUAUUGGUGGGUAUUACAUACCGAAAGGCUGUCGAGUUCAAUCAUCUACUUUCUCCAUGUUCCGAAGUGAACGGUACUUUAAAAAAGCGCGGGAGUAUCAUCCAGAGAGGUGGUUGCCACCCUCGCAUGCUGACUACGAUAAUAUUUUUGACAAUGACAACCGUGCUGUCUUUCAACCUUUUAGCAUGGGUCCACGGAAAUGUCUGGGAUUUGUCACAGCAGAUCGACAAGCUCGUGCCGUUAUCUCUAAACUCCUUUGGAAAUUCGAUUGGGAGAUUGGGAAUGCUUCAGACCUCGAUUGGGAACGUGACAUGAAAGUAUAUCAGGUCACUGUUAGACCAACGGUUUUGGUGAAGUUCAAGCCAUGCCGACACCAGGAUUGAUCUGUUAGUGUGAAGGAUACAUCCUCAUGGCCGUGGUAAGUACUAUUGCGCAAGACGACGAUUUAGAUAGCUACUUCAUUCAGAUGCGUUCAUCCUACUAGCAGGUACUCACGUCUGUUGGACAUUCGAAAUGGAGCUAGUAGUCACAUGGCAAAUUCAGACAUAUCAAAGGAUUGCGCUUAAAUCGCUCAGACUACAUUUCCAAGUAACUGUUCAUUCUUGGGCAGCUAUAGGU